UACCUUAGUUCCGAUGAUUCCAACAUAUACCUGGCGAGCGUGGUCAUCAUAGUGCUGUUGAUAACCGUUUGAAUAUCGAUUAUUGAUAUCAAAUGAUCCAAAAAAAUUAAAAAAGUUUUUCAUUGUUGCGCUAAAUUUUUUUGAAAUUGAUUGAUCGUUUAAUAUGGCGGAUUGUAGUGUUGUCCACGUUGAUGAUUCAACUUCUAAUUUCUCUGAAGAUAAAUUGAAGGGCAUUUGUAUAAUUAAGCCAGAAUAUAUACUUGAAGAUCAUGUAAGAGUACUCAGUGAAAACUGUCUUAGUGCAAAAGAUAAGAGAAAGAUUAACAAUCAAACUACUACUGACAACCAUGGUGAACCGAUUGUUGAAGAACCUCCGGUUAAAAAAAUAAAACCACUUGACGAAAAUGAACAAGAUGAAGAAGAGUCGAUUAAAGCAGGAAUUAGUGAUGAUGAGGAUAUUAUGUUUGUUGAACCAGAAGUUAAAAAAAUUAAACUUGAUGAUAAGAAAGAAAAAUUAAAAGGUCAAAAUAAAGCAAGACCACCACCAUUUAAAACGUUACGAGAAAAUAAUUUAUGUCCAUGGAUUGUUGAUCAAGCAGCGGAUGAACCUAUAAAAGAAUGUCCGUCAACAAAAUGUACAUUCAUGCAUGAUAGAUUGGCUUAUUUAAAAAUAAAAGAGCCCGAUGUAGGAUCGGAUUGUUAUCUAUUUAAUCUUAUUGGUCGAUGUCCUAGAGGAUUAGCUUGCAGAUUUGGUUCUAAACAUUUAACAAAAAAUGGAUUCAACAUUGUUGAUAGAGAAAAAUAUGAAGAAUUUAAGAAAAAAAAUUCAACAACAAAAAAUAAACUCUCGCAUCCAUUGCAAGAGAAGCUCAGAAAGCGAAAAUAUAAUUUUACUGGAGCAGAAAAAAUUCUCAAAGCUAAUAAUGUUCUUCGGGAAAAAGGAGAAAAUAAAAAGCGGAUGUUUUCUAAUGGAGAUGUGGAUGAUUUAGAUAAAAAUGAGGGUGAAAUAGCUUGUAAAUUACCGAGAAUGGAAGAUUCACCCCUAAAUAAAGAAAGUAAAUCAGAAUCUAGACUAGGACCUGUGCCAGAUGACGAUUUAAUAAAACUUAGGCCAUCAGAGAAAAAAAAAAUUGACUGGAAAGACAAAAUACUCUUAAGUCCAUUAACGACGGUAGGAAAUUUACCUUUUAGACGAAUAUGUAAAGAAUAUGGAGCAGAUAUAACAUGUGGAGAGAUGGCUUUGGCUCCAAAAAUAUUAAAAGGAGCUCAUGAAGAGUGGGCUUUGGUUAAAAGACAUGAGAUAGAAGAUAUUUUUGGAGUACAAAUUUGUGGAAAUAAUCCAGGAGUUCUAACAAGAUGUGCACAAUUAUUUAAUGAAGAAUUAGAAGUAGAUUUUAUUGAUUUAAAUUUAGGAUGCCCUAUUGAUUUGAUUUAUAAACAAGGAGGUGGUAGUGGAAUGUUAAAUCGCCCUAACAUUCUUCAAACUGUCGUUAAAUCGUUAAGUCAAGUCUUAGAUAUUCCUUUAACAAUCAAGACUCGAAUGGGAGUUUACAUGGAUAAGCCAAUUGCUCACAAUCUUAUGCCUAAAUUUCGAGACUGGGGAGCUUCUAUGGUUACUGUUCAUGGAAGAUCACGGGAGCAAAGAUAUACAAAAUCUGCAGACUGGGAUUAUAUUGAAUUGUGUGCGAAAAAUGCUACUCCAAUUCCUGUCUUUGGUAAUGGAGAUAUUUUGAGUUAUGAUGAUUAUCAAAGAGCUCGAUUGAAUUCACCUUCUGUACAAGGUAUGACAAUAGGAAGAGGAGCUUUGAUAAAACCUUGGAUAUUUAAAGAAAUAAAAGAAAAGAAGCUUUUUGAUAUAUCUAGUUCAGAACGUUUAGAUAUUCUUCAAAAGUAUGCUAAUUAUGGCUUAGAACAUUGGGGAUCAGAUACGAGAGGAGUUGAAACUACGAGAAGAUUUAUGCUGGAGUGGAUAUCAUUUUUACAUCGAUAUAUUCCAGUAGGGAUUUUGGAGAGACCACCGCAAAGGAUAAAUGAACGACCGCCUUUCUAUAGAGGUCGAGAUGAAAUUGAAACUUUAUUAGCUAGCUCUAACUGUGCCAACUGGAUAAAAAUAUCGGAUUUAUUUUCAGAGAAAUGUUCUUGGGAAAGGUCCCCGAAGGAUUUCACUUUUUACCAAAACACAAAGCCAACUCCUGGAAGUAAUAUUGACCUUGAUCUCAAUGAAUUGGCCAAGAUUUUUGAAUCAAUUUCAAUGUAAUCAUCACAAUUCAUGUGAAUUUUCAUGGUUUAAUUUGUUUUUAUAGAAAAUAAAAACAAAGUUAUCUCAUUAAACAAUCAUUUAUGUUUAUAUUUCAUUUAUAAGAAUCAUUCAUAUAAUCCCGAUAAGAAGAUUACUAUUUUAAUAAGAUGUGCAGAUAUAUCUCCAAGAAUAGAAACAGGCCACAUACAAUCACACCCGCUAGCAAUUUGUUUAGUGAACGGCUCCCAGCAUUCAUCAGUCCAUCGUCUUCUGACCAUGAAAAUAAUUUUACUUCUUUG